AUGCAAAUCAGCGCAGAAAAGACUAAACUCAUGACCAAUGCGACCAACAACAUCAAUAGCACCAUCAAGAUCAAUGAUGAGAAAGUGGAAGAUGUUCAAAGCUUCAAAUACCUGGGAGCCAUAGUAACUGAUGAGGGUUCAUUGCCUGAAUCAUCUAAAUUCUUAUAUGCCUGCGAGUCCUGGACUUUAACAGCUGAAAAAGAAAGAAAAAUACAAGCAAUGGAGAUGAGGAAUUACAGAAGAUUUCUUGGUAUUUCGUAUACAGACCGUAUUACUAAUGAGGAAGUCAGAAAAAGAAUCCGCUGUGCCAUUGGACCUCACGACGAACUAUUAAAAACAGUUAAACAACGAAAACUGAGAUGGGCACCGAACAAGGAAAAAGAAGGAGAGGUAGGCAGAGGAAGCGAUGGAAGUAUAACAUCAAAGAAUGGACAGGCCUUCAACUUAGAACAAAUAAGAAAGGCAGAAACAGAGAAAAAUGGAGAGGUUUGA